AUGUCCAAAGGUACAGUGAAAGAUGCAAACAAGGUGUACAAUAAACUUAACAGCCAGCUUGAGAUUAUCUUGACUGAAACUUCAGUUUUGAAGCGUUGUGCCCCUGAUGCUAUUGGGCUUGAUAAAAAAACCUGCUUCACCCCUAUUGAUGAACUUCUCACCGCUACCAACAAUACUUUGAUUGAUGUUAUUGGUGUCGUUGUCAAUGUCAGAGAGAUCUCUGUAAUUCGUAGAAAGGAUGGCUCUGUUGUAAACAAGAGAAUAGUAAAAAUAAAUGAUAUGUCAACUUUGACAAUAGAUGUUAACCUUUGGGGCCCAUCCUCAGAGCAACUAGGCAAUGACUUGAAGAAUAUGCAUACAUUUGGAACAUUUGUCAUCCUUGCUGUUCAAAAUGCAAGGGUUGGUUAUUUCAACGGAAAAGUCAUAAAUGCAUCAGCAUCCAUAGCUUUUGAAAUCAACCCUUCCAUUCUUGAAGCUGAGCCCCUCUGUUUAAGAGGCCCUAUCCAACAAAGCCUUGAUCCACAUCCUUCAGCUUUCCAUUGCAAAAAUAACCAGUAUCAAAGAAUGUCAAUUGCAUCCAUCCUGCAGCGCCUUAGCGUUAUGCCUGAAGCCAUUGAGACUACUAUUACAGCUGUGUUGCGCUUAAAAAAUGAAGACCCCUUUUACUAUACAACUUGCCCAUUGCAAUUCAACGGAAAAGACUCUUUAGUGUCUACUGACACAUUCAACUCUGAGCGCAGGAUCAAAGUCACAAUCGACAAAAUGCAAAGACUCGAUUUCAAAGCUGAGUCCACCUGCCUGCUUGCAGAAAUUGCCCAAAUGCAUGCAGUCACAUGA